AUGGAAAAGACAUACUCCCUCACAGCCCACUACGAUGAGUUCCAGGAGGUCAAGUAUGGUGGUCGCUAUAGCAGCGGCACCCUUAGCAACGGUAUGAGCUUGCACUUGGGCGGGAGCCUGGACCGUAACGUUGGGCGGGGCCGAGGCAAAGGGGGCGGGGCUAGUGAUCGGAGUCGGGACCUGAGUGGCAUCAACAGUGGACAGGGACGUCCUCGUUGGAGCCGCAGGGAGAUCUGCCUGCUCUCUGCUCUGGUGUUCGCUGCGGGGAUGUGUGUCAUCCUGGGCAGCAUGCUGGCCCUCAAAUACAUCUCCCUGGACUUCCAGCAGGAGGCGCACUGCAGACAGGACUGCCAGAAGAAACGCUCGUUAGUCCGCGCCGCACGCUUCGUCCAGGCCAACAUCGACCCCACCAUCCAGCCCUGCCAGGACUUCUACAGCUUCGCCUGCGGCGGCUGGCUACGGCGCCACGGCAUCCCAGAGGACAAGCUGAGCUACGGCAUCAUCACCGCCAUCGGAGAGCACAACGAAGAGAAGCUACAACGCCUCCUGCUGGAGCCCGUGCGCCGGCGCACCGUGCACUCGGCUGAACGCAAGGUGAAAGAGUUCUACCGCUCCUGUGUGAACAUCCAGGAGCUUGACAAGCUGGGGUCAGGGCCCAUGACAGAGGUGAUUGACAGCUGUGGCGGGUGGGACCUGGUUGGCGCGCCCUCUGGUGGUGCGGGGUGGGAGAGCAGUACUGCACCAGCCAGGCCAGACUUUAAUGAGCUGCUCUAUAGGACCCAGGGGGUGUACAGCACUGCUGUCUUCUUCUCUCUCACUGUCAAUGUGGACGAUAAGAACUCCUCACGCAACGCUAUCAGGGUAAGAGUGUGUGUGUCUGUGUGUCUGUGUGUCUGUGUGUCUGUGUGUCUGUGUGUGUGUGUGUGUGUGUGUGUGUUUGUGUGUGUGUGUGUGUGUGUGUGUGUGUGUGUGUGUGUGUGUGUGUGUGUGUGUGUGUAUGUGUGUGUGUGUGUGUGUGUGUGUGUGUGUGUGUCUGUCAGUCUGUCUGUCUGUCUAUCUCUGCGUGUGUGUGUGUGAACACCUGCUGUUUAUCAUCUGACUGAUAUACCAUCUAUUUAUUUACCUGUCUGUGUUGAUUACACGUGUUCAUAUGUGUUCUCUUGGUUGUGAUCGUAUGUGUGUGUAUUUGUAGAUUGAUCAGGAGGGGCUCACACUGCCUGAGAGGACUCUGUACCUGGGGCAGGAUGAGGACAGUGUGAAGGUAAAGGAUUACCCCCUCCCUCUUUCUAUCCACCACUCCAUCUCUCCAUCUGUUCAAUUAUCGACCAAUUCCUUUCUUCUCUAUCCAUCCACCGGUUUGUUCCUGUCAUCUCUGUUCCCUUUGUUAUCCAGUGUGCUCCGCCACAUGUCACACUGCUGUCCAUUGACCAUUAAUAAUGAUGUAAUGUUGUUGUCCAAUGUCCAUUAAUGAUGAUGUCAUGGACAGAUCCUGGCGGCUUACAAGGCCCUGAUGGAGCGUCUGCUAAGCAUGCUGGGAGCUCAUAAUGCCACUCAGAAGUCCAAAGAGAUCCUACAGCUGGAAACACUCUUGGCCAACGUAAGUGUGUGUCUGUGUGUGUUUAUAUACAGUUUCCAGUCAAAAGUUUGGACACACCUACUCAUUCAAGGGUUUUUCUUUAUUUUUACUAUUUUCUACGUUGUGGAAUAAUGGUGAAGACACCAAAACUAUGAAAUAACACAAAUGAAAUCAUGUAGUAAUCAAAAAAGUGUUAAACAAAUCAAAAUAUAUUUUAGAUUUUAGAUUCUUCAAAGUAGCCACCCUUUGCCUUGAUGACAGCUUUGCACACUCUUGGCAUUCUCUCAACCAGCUUCAUGAGGAAUGAGUUCCCACAUAUGCUGAGCACUUGUUGGCUGCUUUUCUUUCACUCUGCAGUUCAACUCAUCCCAAACCAUCUCAAUUGGGUUGAGGUCGGGUUAUUGUGGAGGCCAGGUCAUCUGAUGCAGCACUCCAUCACUCGCCUUGGUCAAAUAGCCCUUAUACAGCCUGGAGGUGUGUUUUGGGUCAUUGGCCUGUUGAAAAACAAAUGAUAGUCCCACUAAGCGCAAACCAGAUGGGAUGGCGUAUCACUGCAGAAUGCUGUGGUAGACAUGCUGGUUAAGUGUGCCUUGAAUUCUAAAUAAAUCACAGACAGUGUCACCAGCAAAGCACCCCCACACCAUCACACUUCCUCCUCCAUGCUUCACGAUGGGAACCACACAUGCGGAGAUCAUCCGUUCACCUACUCUGUGUCUCACAAAGACACAGCGAAUGGAACCAAAAAUCUCAAAUUUGGACUCAUCAGACCAAAUGACAGAUUUCCACCGGUCUAAUGUCCAUUGCUUGCGUUUCUUGGCCCAAACAAGUCUCUUCUUCUUAUUGGUGUCCUUCAGUAGUGGUUUCUUUGCAGCAAUUCGACCAUGAAGGCCUGAAUCACAUAGUCUCCUCUGAACAGUUGAUGUUGAGAUGUGUCUGUUACUUGAACUCUGUGAAGCAUUUAUUUGGGCUGCAAUCUGAGGUGCAGUUAACUCUAAUGAACUUGUCCUCUGCAGCAGCGGUAACUCUGGGUCUUCCUUUCCUGUGGCGGUCCUCAUGAGAGCCAGUUUCAUCAUAGCGCUUGAUGGUUUUUGUGACUGCACUUGAAGAAACUUUCAAAGUUCUUGACAUUUUCGGGAUUGACUGACCUUCAUGUCUUAAUGUAAUGAUGGACUGUCAUUUCUCUUUGCUUAUUGCCAUAAUAUGGACUUGGUCUGUUACCAAAUAGGGCUAUCUUCUGUAUACCACCCCUACCUUGUCACAACACAACUGAUUGGCUCAAACACAUUAAGAAGGAAAGAAAUUCCACAAAUUAACUUUUAACAAGGCACACCUGUUAAUUGAAAUGCAUUCCAGGUGACUACCUCAUGAAGCUGGUUGAGAGAAUGCCUAGAGUGUGCAAAGCUGUCAUCAAGGCAAAGGGUGGCUACUUUGAAGAAUUUGUUUAACACUUUUUUGGUUACUACAUGAUUCCAUAUGUGUUAUUUCAUAGUUUUGAUGUCUUCACUAUUAUUCUACAAUGUAGAAAAUAGUAAAAAUAAAGAAAAACCCUUGAAUGAGUAGGUGUCCAAACUUUUGACUGGUGCUGUAUGUGUGUUUAUGUGUUCAGUUAUAAUGUUUCUUCCCCUCUGUUUCAGAUCACUGUGUCUGAGUAUGAUGAACAGAGAAAGGACAUCAGCACUAUGUACAACCGCAUCACCCUGAGACAACUACAGCGCAUCGCUCCCAGUGUGAGUACCACACACACAUCUUUAUAUCUGUAUUGUGUGUGUGUGUGUGCAGAAGUGUGAUGGAUUAAGAGCUGAACUCCAGCAGAGCAUUGUGAAGUGUGUGUGUGUGUCUGUAGUGUGUGUGCGAGGCGGGGGGCCAUUCUAUGCCCCGUGAACCUCUCAUACGCACGCCUCCGUGGCUCAGCGAAGCUCUCCGCCCUCCGGGGAUAGAAGGAGACCAACGGGGGGCUACGAAAGGAGGGAGGAAGAGAGGGAGAAAGAGGGUUGAGGAAGGGAGAGGACGGGAUGAAUAGGGGUCGACGGAGGACUACAGAAGGAGGAUGGAGGGACGGAGGAGGGGGGAAGAGGAGAGAGAGGAGAACCGAUGGGGGGCAUAUGGAAUGAAUCUGGGGGAGAGAGGGACUGAGGGGAGGGAGAGAAAGAGGGAGGAGAGGGGGGAAGACAGGAGGGGAGAGCCGUAAGGAGCGUUGGAGAGCAGCAGGAAACUGAUGGAGAAUUCAGAGCUGCUCCAUCACUUCUGAUUGGAGAAGAAGGGAGGGGAGUGAAAGGCAUGAACGGAGAGAGAGAUGGAUGAAGUGAGCUUCACAAGCAUCACUGAUAAAACAAGAGAAAGAAACAUGAGAGAGAGAGAAAAAGAAAGAAAGAAUGAAAUAAAUAAAUGGUGAAAGAGAUGACUAAAAAGGUGCAAAUGGAGAGUGACAUACAGAGAGACAGACAGAUGGACGUAGAGACAGACAGAAAAACCCAAGGAAGGAGUAAUAGACAGUAGCUGUAACUGUGGACAAUUAGAUAUACAGAUGUACGAUCUUAAUUUGAUCACUUUUGUUGCUGAGAAUAUUCCUGCAGAGAAUGAAGUGCAAACUUGUGGUGUAUUUGAGUUUUAAAAACAAUUCUAAAGUUUGUAAUUUCCACUUUGAAAUUUCAGACUAGAUUUGCCCUAACGAAAAAUGUAUCAAUCCCUACAAAAAUGUCCAUGAAUUAUAUCCACAUAAUAAUUCACAUUUCCUGUUACUGCAGGAUUUUUUUCCUGCUGUCGCAAACUGGUUCAAAUUAAGAUCCUAGAUCAGUAAAUGCUCAGACAGACAUACAGACAUGGUCAAAUGGGGGAAUGUCAAUUACGUUCAUACUGAUUUAUCCCUCUCCACCUCUCCCUCUUUCACUCUCUCUCUCACUUUGUUCUACUGUCCCACUAUUGGCUGUUAACAAUAGUGGGAGAUUAUGAGACCAUUUGGGAUUAUAGGGAUGCUGUAUGCUCAGCAGUUAAAGAGGAACUUUGUGUUGUGGAUGACCUAAACUGUGAGCAGGGCUUUCUAGGGCUUUACCUUCUUGUUAUCCUCUAUAUAUUGUUGAUAUUGUGGAGGCAGCAUUUACACUUUCCUUACUGGUACAAUAAAGGCUUGUUGGAACCCCCCUUCCUUCAUCAGAGCAGGGUGACAACAAUCAUGUUUUCUUAUCUUUACCACCAGAGAGUCAGUCAAUAUUAAAUAAAUGAUUCUUUAUUAUCAGCAAGCUGGAGAGGUUCCAACAAACUUAAUGCACCAAGUAGUACACGUUGGUCGGGAGCUCCGCCAGGGCAGUCCCGUUAGUUCUCUUAUAUACUGCUUACACAGACAUGUUAUAUUUGCAUGAUUUACAUUAUUCAUAAUUAAUUUAUCAUUAACGUUUGGUUCCUGCAUGUGACCGACCAAUACCUCAUGAGGCUUCUUCUGUCCAAGCUGAGACCUUGAAACCCCUUUUAGUUCUCAAAGCAAUGUUCUGGGCAUACUGCCAAAUUGCUUAUACUGAUAGUGAAGAUUCCUCCCAGGCAUGAUCAAUCAGUCACUUGCAUGAACCCAGUCGAAUUGGUUAUUAGAAAAGCACAAACAUAACAUUUUCCCUCACACUUGUUAAAACGCAAACCUGCUCUCUCCUCUCCUCUCCUCUCCUCUCCUCUCCUCUCCUCUCCUCUCCUCUCCUCUCCUCUCCUCUCCUCUCCUCUCCUCUCCUCUCCUCUCCUCUCCUCUCCUCUCCUCUCCUCUCCUCUCCUCUCCUCUCCUCUCCUCUCCUCUCCUCUCCUCUGUCUCUACAGCUGCAUUGGAAACGUUUGUUAGACAGAAUCUUCCAUGAUAACUUCUCUGAGGAUGAAGAGAUAGUGGUGUUAGCUACUGACUACAUGGAGAAAGUCUCCGACAUCAUCAAGACCACCUCCAAAAGGUGAGAGAGGGAGGGUGGGAGGAGGGAGGAGGAGAAGGGUGGAUGAGAGGCAUAGGAAGAAUGCAAAGGUUAGAGAGUUGUAUGAAAAAUCAAUGGCAUAAGAGAAAUGAGUUUUGAGCAUGUGUAAGCAUUUUUGUAAGAGUUGCUGAAUUCGUGUGUGGCCUUUACUAGGGCUGUUACUAUAGGUUGUGUCAUAUUGAAGUGUCAUAGUGUGUAUAGAUUCAUUUUUGAGUGUGUUUGUGUGUGUGUGGGGUGGGGUGGGGUGGGGUGGGGUGGGGUGGGGUGGGGGGGCAUCACUGGUGGGCGGCAGGUAGCUUAGUGGUUAAGAGCGUUGUGCCAGUAACUAAAAGGUCGCUGGUUCGAAUCCCCGAGCCGACUAGGUGAAAAAUCGGUCAAUGUGCCCUUGAACAAGGCACUUAACCCUAAUUGCUCCUGUAAGUCGCUCUGGAUAAGAGCGUCUGCUAAAUGACUAAAAUGUAAAUGUGAACUUCCAGCUCUACUGUGGAUGAUUAGUAUCGAUCUGGACCCCCCUCCUCGACACACAUACACAGAAUUGUGCUGUCAAAGACAGCUCUUGACAGACUCCAGAGGUGGCUGUGGAGGCUAGUGGGAGUCAGGGUGCUGGUUUCUGACAGCUCUCCAAUACUGACUGGUGUUAUGCUCUACUCUACUCUACUCUACAGUUCACACGUCUACCAGUCUGUAGCUGACUGGCCCUCAGUUCAUUUUAGUUCAUAGAAUUACAAUUCAUUUCAAUUGAUGUCUGUCUGUAUAGGUUUUUUCUCUUUCUUCUUUUUCAACUUCCUCCCUCCCUCCCUUCCUCAUCCUUCAUACACCCUCCGUCUCUCCCUCCAGCUCUCACUCUCUUAUCUCCUUUCCUCCUUUUGUCUGUUCUUGUACGUAGUUAUAUCAGUUGUUGAGUGAGAAAAGAGACACAAUGGGGUGAGUGCUCUCAUAAAAUGUCAUGUUAUCUAAUAUCAGAUAAUGUAAUAAUAAUCUUAUCAUAAUCCUCUUUGCUAUAAUCACCCUUAUUAUCAUCGCCAUGGUGACAACUGGCAUUACAGCCAAUCCCCUGGAGGCUCGGGAGAUUUUCUGUUUCUUUUCUUUUGUUGUUUUUCCCUUCUUUUCUCUACUUCUCUUCUUCUUUCUCCAUCUCUCUCUCCCUCCUGGUGAUUUCAGUAAUAAAACCCUCCUCUCUGUUUUCUCCUUCUCCUGCCUCCCUCUUUCUACUGUCUGUUCUUUUUCAAUCUGUCCUCUGUCUCUUUUUCCAGUUCUGUUUUUCCCUCCGUUGCUCCGUCUCUCUCCCCUCGUCAUCUCUUUUCCAUUGUCUCUCUUGCUGCUUCUCUCUCAUCUCCAUCUCAUUAUCUCUCCUCUCUUUCAUACCCCAACCUCAUCCCUCUAUUUCCUAGCACUCUCUCCUCCUCCUGUUGCUGUUCCCUCUCUCCCUUUCCCCUGUUCUCUCUCUCCAGGCCUCAGUUCUGUUCUCUGUCUCUCUGAAUCACUCCUGCUGAGUCCAUUAUCUGUGUUAAAUCAAAGGUUAGGGUCGCUGUUUCCUCUCUGUCACACACACACACACCACUGGGUGUGGUGGACUCCUGUUCCUACCGCCACCCACUGUGCACCCCUUGUUCAUUUGCAUAACUGACGAGAAAUGUCCCUGUGCUUCUCAGUAUGGGGUCUCUCCACUGCUCUUUACGAGUCUCCAAUUACACAGUUACACCCCCCCCCCCCCCCCCCCCCCCCCCCCCCCCAUCUCCCUCCCUCCCUCCCGGAUCUAUUGACAAGACCCAGACAACUGCAUCCAAUCCCAUUAACCAGAUGAGCUGGUGUCCAAUGAGGCUGAAACAGUAAUGACAACACCAGCAUCUCUCAACAACCUCUCCCUCUCAUUCCCUCCUUUCUCUCUGCUCAUCCGUCUGUCACUCUAUCACUCACGCUCGUCUCAAGGGGAAGUGUGUGUGAAUGUGUGAGUGUGUGUGUGUGUGAGGUUAGACUGUGGGUAGGAGCUGUAGGACCAUUAUUACAGAGGGUAAUGUCUGCAGGUAUUCUGGAGGGACAAUGUAUUUUAUCUUAACAAUGAGCUCCAUUACAAUCCAGUCUUCUAAUGAUUUUUAAUUCCCAUCCCAUGAUGAUUCAAGGCUAUUGUUUGAUCAUUAGAAUACAUUUAACUAAAGCCUUUUCAUUUCCGUCUAAUCUCCCAGGUCUCCUAAAUCUACCCACCACCCCACACACCAACUCCAUCUGGGAUUAGAUUUUGACACAUGCACACGCACACACACACACACACACACACUAGCUGUGCCCCUUGCAAACAAGUAAUCUGAAACAAAUUAAUAAAAAAUGUGUUUUAUUCAACAGAGUAAACACACACACACAACCAAACGAAGCUGCCACACCUACAACACACUGAUCUGUACUGAUUAUUAGAGGUAUCAAAGAACACAGACACUGUCUCAGUCUUCUUCUUCCUCCCUCCUCCUCUCUCUCUUCUCAAUUAAUUUCACUUCAGAAGUGCUUUGUUGGCGAGACACUGGGGCUGCCUUGCCAAGGCAGUUUUGAUUUAAUAUGCAAUGUGGAUGUCAAAAAUAAAAACAGAGAACAACGUGGAGCAGAGUCUCACAGUAAGAGACAGGACCACUUGUCCUGAGGGCAGAAUGGAUAUGUUCACUCUGUGGGAUCCCUCAACACAUUAAGCACAACCUUAAAUUACUGAGAAGGGAAAAGAACGUUUGAAUACAUGAAUGAAAUACAUAUAUUUUUUACUUCUACUCGUCUGAGUCAUUCUUGGACUCUUCUUCCUUUCUUCUUCUAUACUCUCCUUUCUCUUUUCAAUUGCUGUCCGUCUCUCCUCUCUUCCCUCCACCCAUACUCUCUGUCUCUCUCCUCUUUUACUCCACCCAUACUCUCUGUCUCUCUCCUCUCUUCCCUCCACCCAUAUUCUCUGUCUCUCUCCUCUCUUCCCUCCACCCAUAGUCUCUGUCUCUCUCCUCUCUUCCCUCCACCCAUAUUCUCUGUCUCUCUCCUCUCUUUCCCUCCACCCAUACUCUCUGUCUCUCUCCUCUCUUCCCUCCACCCAUACUCUCUGUCUCUCUCCUCUUUUCUAACCUGCUUGUAUCUCCUUUGCUGUACUCCCCUUCUCUCUCUUUGCCCACCUUUUCUGUCUUUGCCCUUCUCCUAUAUUUUUAGCAUUUCUCUUUUCCCGGAGGAUUCCACAUUGAAUCUCUGAAGGGGCACUCCUUAAUUAUACAAUAAAGCCUUGUUAAAAACGAAAACUAAUCGUUCCCCCCUCCUCUCUCAAUCUCUCUCCCGGUCUCCCCCCUCCCUCUCUUGCCAGGGUUCUCCAUAACUACAUGCUGUGGCGGAUUGUAGCAGCUCUCAGUGAACACCUGUCCACGGCGUUCCGGAGUACCAUCCAUGAGUUUUCCCGAGAGAUUGACGGUACGGAGCGUCAACUGGAGCUGGGGAGGCUGUGUCUCACCCAGGCCAACAAACACUUCGGCAUGGCCCUGGGAGCACUCUUCGUCCAGCAGCACUUCUCCUCUCACAGCAGGGCCAAGGUAGGGCAGCUUCUAUCUCUGUCUCUCGGUCUCUAUAUCUCUCCUCACAGCAGUGGUGUAAAGUACUUAAGUAAAAAUACUUUAAAGUACUACUUAAGUCAUUUAUGGGCUAUCUGUACUUAAAUAUUUUUGACAAUUUUUACUUUUACCUCACUACAUUCCUCAAGAAAAUAAUGUACUUUUUACUCCAUACAUUUUCCAUGACACCCGAAAAGUACUCGUUACCUUUUGAAUGCUUAGCAGGACAGGAAAAUGGUCCAAUUCACACACUUAUCAAGAGAACAUCCUUGGUCAACCCUACUGCCUCUGAUCUAGCGGACUCACUAAACACAAAUGCUUCGAUUGUAAAUUAUGUCUGAGGGUUGGAGUGUGCCGCUGGCAAUCCGGAAAUAAAAAAAACAAGAACAUUGUGCCGUCUGGUUUGCUUAAUAUAAAGAAUUUGAAAUUAUUUAUACUUUUACUUUUGAUACUUAAGUACAUUUAAAACCAAAUACUUUUAGACUUUUAUUCAAGUAGUAUUUUACUGAGUGACUUUCACUUUUACUUGAGUCAUUUUACUAUUAAUUUUUUUCUUUACUUAAGUAUGACAAUUUGAUACUUUUUCCACCAUUGCCUCAUAGCAGGGCCAAGGUAGCGCAGCUUCUAUCUCUGUCUCUACACCUCUCCUCAUAGCAGGGCCAAGGUAGCACAGCUUCUAUCUCUGUCUCUACAUCUCUCCUCACAGCAGGGCCAAGGUAGCACAGCUUCUAUCUCUGUCUCUACAUCUCUCCUCACAGCAGGGCCAAGGUAGCACAGCUUCUAUCUCUGUCUCUACACCUCUCCUCAUAGCAGGGCCAAGGUAGCACAGCUUCUAUCUCUGUCUCUACACCUCUCCUCAUAGCAGGGCCAAGGUAGCACAGCUUCUAUCUCUGUCUCUACAUCUCUCCUCACAGCAGGGCCAUGGUAGCACAGCUUCUAUCUCUGUCCCUCUGUCUCUGACUGUGUCUCUUUCUUUGUUUCUUUCUGUAAUGGUCUGGUCAUUUUAUAUGAAGUAGAAUAAAAAAUGCCUCUCUUUCUCUCUCCCCAUCCCACUCUAAGCCUUCCAUCAUCACACCUUAUCCCUCUCGAUCCUAGUCUGCCUCUAUAUAGGUGAUAAAGAGCUUAAAUAAAGAUAAGGGUCAGAGGAGUUAGGAAUGCCAUUGGAAACCACAUCCCCUAGAAUGAACACGAUACUAUUCCUCCUUCUCUCACUCCUCUCUUCCUUUCUCACCCCUCUCUUUCCCUCUGUUGUGUUCAAUGCCAACCUAGCCUCAACCCCCAAACCCUAGCCAUUGUAUGUAGGAAUUUCCUACAUAUGACAGCUAACCCAUCCUUUCAGUUUCAGAUCUAUGAAAGUGCCUAGGGAUAGGAGCAGAGGGCGAAGGGUCUAUCUGACGUUGGGCGUACCUGAUACAUCUAUCUCUCUUGCCCACUCCCAAUGGAACCCUUAGACAACUGACCUCUAACCUCUGACCCCUGUUCUCUUCCCUCAGGUACAGGAGCUGAUAGAGGACAUAAAGCACUCACUGGACCUCCGGCUGCAAGAGCUGGACUGGAUGGAUGAGGUGACCAAGGAGGCAGCCAGGGCCAAGGUCAGGAUACCACACUACCUCAAAUAGGCCUACUGUAUUACCAUGUAGGAGGAAAGCAGGGGUUCUUUUAUUCUGGAUCGGUUUAAUACUGGUUUGUCAAAUCCCUAUCUCAGUAUGUUGUCUGAUACUUUCAGAAUGUAAAGUCUUAAUCCUUUUAGAGCACUUGCUGAAACAAAAGUGCUCCAGUGUAAUCCCAUUAUAACAGUCUGCUUGAUUAGCUGGUUGUGUGUGGGCUAUGAAGGAUAUGUCGGCUAAAUAUGUGCAAAGUCUCUCUUCCCCUCUCUCUCUUCCCUGACCCUUUCCUUCCUUACCUCUCGUAGCUGCAGCAUAUGAUGGUGAUGACAGGCUAUCCAGACUUCCUACUCAAACCAGAGCUCAUAGACCAGGAGUAUGGGGUGAGAUAUCUCCUCUCCUACUUCUGCUUCUACUCAUACUGAUAUCUCUGAUAGCGUCUCGACGUAUCUUCUUACCGCUCUUAGAGUCGUCUAUCUAGAUCAUCUGCUCUCUCUCUGCGUGCUCUCUCUCUAGCGCUAUCUACUCAGCUCUAUUCGAUCUCACACUCUCUCUUCAUCUCACACUCCUCUCUCUCUCUCACACUCUCUCGCUCUCUCUCAACACUCUCUCUCACUCACUCACUCACUCACUCCUCUGUUAUUUGUUCUCCAGUUUGAUGUGGAUGAAAAUACCUAUUUCAAAAACAUCCUCAACAGCAUCAAGUUCAACAUCAAGAUGUCUGUCAAAAAGAUCCACAAGCAGGUGGACAAGACUGCGUGAGUGAUGCUUUCAACUGCUCCAGAUGUUCAUUCUCACAAUAACACAACUACACACAGAUUCAAAGUUCUAUGCACCUCUUGACACAAAACAUUCAAUUUUAUGAUAGAAGUGAAGAAUAUACAUGUGAUGUACCUACAAAUUGAAGAUACCAUAAGCUCGUCUUUUGUGUAACUGUUUAAAAUGUGCUCCUAAAACAGUACUCAAAACUGAUUUUGUGUCCGAACAAGCUGAAGCCCUCCACCCUGUACUGCCAAAUCAUGUAUUCCUCCUUUAUCACAAAUAUACUCCUUUCAUCAUUAAUCUCUCCUUCUGCAGAGAAAACAUGUCCUCUUCCCUCCAUCCAUCUCCUCAUCUCUCCGCUGUCUGUAGGGCCCUCUGUCUUUCCCACCAGAACAAGGGCAUCUCUGAAUUUAAAAGUUAUUAAUUUGGGAAAUGUCCUCAAAUCGAUGCGCCUGGAUUUAAAAACAUUAUGAUGAAGGGACUGUUUUCUUGUGCAGACAGGAAUUCUCAAUAUUGGACUAAAUAUUGAAUAUUUUUCACCUUAAAACAACCUCCAAAGUUUAGAAAAAAAAUUGCCUGUGACACUUGAGAAGUGUGUCUCUUGUUGUUUGAAAAUGUUUAGUGAAUGUAGGAUUAAUAAACCCCUGAUUGACUUUGUUUCCCUCUCAGGUGGCUCCUUCCCCCUCAGGCCCUCAAUGCCUACUAUCUCCCAAACAAGAACCAAAUGGGUGAGUCAGUGUGUGACCCCAAUGCACAUCAACGUUAGUAUAUACAAGAUAACACACUCCUCCUCUCCUUCUUCUUUCUGGUCUACCCAUGUGAUGAGGCACCCACACGCCUUAACACACUUAUUCUGCAUUCACUUACUUACACCAGCCCCCCACACACACUGUAAUCUCCCCUCACUUUCCCCUCAGUCUUGGCCUCUAGUGGUGUCUGCAUCUGCCUCAUGGAUUUACCUCACAGAAAACAUUCAUGGUGAGUUGCAGAGCAGGCAGCGACAGAGAGAGCCAGACAAACACAGCCAUCAGAGCUAACGUUUUACCCUACCUCUUUCUCUCCCUCCAUAUAUUCCUCUAAUACUGUAUCACUGCCUCUCUACCCCUCUCUUUAUCUUAUGCUAUCAUCUCUUUCUUUACUUGUAGUAUUUCCUGCUGGAAUCCUUCAGCCCACGCUGUACGACCCUGAGUUUCCACAGUGAGUACAACUCUGAAUAUUUUAAUCAACUGCUAAUUAAGACACUGAUUAGUUGUAUCAAGUGUGUUAGUUAGUAGCCUACUAGGCUGGAGCGAAAGCCUGCACCCGCUGUACUGUAGCUCUCCAGGACAACCCUUCUACAGCAUUACCAAUGCUUUCCCCCUACAUUACCCCUCGUAUUCUACCUCCAAACCAUUCCCCUUUCCCUUAAUGGUCACAACACAAUUCCAGCUAUACUGCAGCCCUCAACUCUCACGGCACGGUAUUAUUUAUUCACAUACUUAUUCCAUUAGAAGUGAUCACCACCACACCACAUAUACGACCGCUGCAUCCACCCAUGCAUACUGAUGAAUGGAAUAUGAUAUUAGAUGUGUGUGCGUGGUCGUGGUGCCUUUCCCUGGAGUUAUUACUGCAGUAGCCCUAACCUGCCAUAAAGACUGAGGCUAGCCCAGCGCAGCUAUCAGGCCCCAGGUAAUGAAGCCUCACUCAGCCAGUUAGUUUUUUCAGGAUUGGAGGGCAACUCUCAGCAGGGUAUCGACAUCCUGUCAGAAAGUCAUUUUCAGACUUAGCCAUGUGGAUAGUCCCGGGCCUCUGGCCGUCCCUGCAUCUCCAUCUGCAUGGUCUGCCAGAAUACACUACACACUCCUCACCCACCCUGGUCAAGGAGAGGUGGCCAGGACACACACUCUCUUCAGUUAUUAACAGUUAGAUAUGUCAACAGAUCAGAUUAUGAUGUAUGUAACACUCUACUGUCCCCCUCAGGACAGGGGUUAGAACUGCCAGCUGAACAAAAGUUUAUCAGGUUAUGUGUUAUACUGUGUUAUUAUAAAUAUAUGACAUUAUGUUGUUGUCCUCAGAUAUGUUAAGUGAUUAGUAACUCAUCCCCCUCUCUCUCCCUCCUCCCUCUAGAUCUCUGAACUAUGGAGGAAUAGGAGCCAUCAUCGGUCAUGAGCUGACACAUGGAUAUGAUGACUGGGGUGAGAGAACGCAUCCUCGUCUUACACGUGUCUUAUAAAAGCCUAAAAUCCAAUUGGGCAUGAACAGUAGUAGCCUAACAGUAGUAAAAUUGUAAUGUCAGUGUAAUAUCAGUUCUGAAUAGGAGUUAAUGUCUUUUGUCCACAUUGGUCAUCCUAACUCAAGCCUCUUGCCCCCCAUCUAAGUGGGUCUUCACUAUCAGGCCAUGCUGCAAGGUAUGGAAGUCCCGCCUCCCCCUAACCGAACCAAUGAAAUCAGUCAAAUGACUUCAGACAAGAGUAAAAGGCUAUAGCCAACAACUGUAGCCAACUGUACCUUGCAGCGUGGCCGAAUUGUGACCCCCAUGCUAAGUGAUGUCGUCUUUCUCUUAGGGGGCCAGUAUGAUCGACACGGCAACCUGAAGCAGUGGUGGACGGAGGAGUCAUACAAGAAGUUUCAGAAGAAAGCAGAGUGCAUCGUUAAACUCUACGACAACUUCACUGUCUAUAACCAGAGGGUGGGUGCAUAGCAUACCUUGUUAUACUGCUUACUAGACACUCACACACACUUGUAAUGGGAGUUGUAAUGGUAUCUUUCCCCUGUGUGUGUCUGUAGGUGAAUGGCCGUCUGACUUUGGGGGAGAAUAUAGCAGACAUGGGAGGCCUUAAACUGUCUUACUUUGUGAGUGAAAUCUUCCUAUAGACUGUGCUAUCUGUCAAUCGUUACUGAUUACUGUCUGUCAGGGCUCUAUUCAAUCCGCAUCACAGAAGUUCAGCUUUAACGCGUCAUUAAAAUUUAAAAGAAAUGUUCCUGCUUUAGCGGAGACUGCAUCCAUGGUAAACGCUGCAUAUGUCGGCUCAAUCGUAAAUUAGCUUUACGUUUCUAUGGCGCUGAAGCGUUAGAGAUUGAAUAGAGCCCUCAGUCACUGUCUCUAUGGACUAAUGAUAAGCUAUGUCUGUAAGCCCAGGACCCAAAUCUCAUCUCUCUCUUCUCUCUCUACCUCUAUCCAUCUCUCCAUCUUCUCCCUCUCCAGGCAUAUCAGAAGUGGAUCAGAGAACAUGGUCCAGAAAGACCUCUCCCUGGACUCAAAUACACACAUGAACAACUACUCUUCAUUGCCUUUGCACAGGUACACAACAAACUAUGUACAGACUAUGUUGUUUAGUCUUGGGAAUCUUUUUGUUGUUGCAGUAGGAGUAAAGAUGAUAUUUUUUACGGCCUUUACUGCUAACUGUCUCCUCUCUCCUAUUAGAACUGGUGUAUGAAGAGACGGUCUCAGUCCAUAUACCUGCAGUUACUGACUGACAAGCACGCACCAGAGCAUUACAGGUACAUACACUUCCUCACUUUCCUGAUGUGCAUCAGCCUAUCACAGGCCAUACCUAAUAUUAAUCCCCUCUCUGAUUGGACCAUUCUCUCUCUCCCCUCCACCCCUGCAGGGUGAUUGGCAGCGUGUCCCAGUUUGAUGAGUUUGCCCGAGUGUUCCACUGUCCAAAGGGUUCCCCCAUGCAUCCUGUUGACAAGUGUUCUGUAUGGUGACCCCUCAACAUUGACCUCUGAACUCCACCACCCACCAACAACUAGAACUUACCUGUGACCUCAACUCUCCUCUCCUAACCAACCUGUCUCAGAUGUUCUGUUCAGUUUCACAUUCAUCUCAAUCCUGGGACUACCUUUUUCUCUUAUCACAGAAUUUGCAAGCAAAUGUCAUCACCACCAGGCAAAACCAUGAUCACUUCACUGUCUACUCAUGUACAUAUCCAGUGCUUGACUUGGGCAGGAGCUCACCGGAGCGGAGUACCGGCACCUCAAAUGUUCU